CUUUUUGACAGAUAAGUACCUAACCUAAUCUUUGAAGAAAAAUUAUAUUUAAAAAUAAAUCGAUUAUGUUUUCAAAACUUGGUAAUUUACGUUGUGCAAAUAAAAUAUGUUACAAUUCCACAGUAUUCCUUAGUUGCAAUUCAAGUUUAAAUCAGGUUGCCAAACCUUUGUUACGUCCGAAGCCACAAAAAAUAUAUAAAAUAGGACCAUUUGGAUGGUUUUUGCUGGUUGUACCUGCUUCAGCUUUUGGUUUAGGCACAUGGCAAGUUCAGCGUAAAAACUGGAAAGAAAGUUUACUAGCCGAUUUAAAGGCUAGAACAGGGAGUGAAGUAGUGGAUUUAAUAACCAAUUUGGAUAAGUUGGAAGAUUUGGAAUAUAAACCAGUAAGAGUAAAAGGACAUUUUCUACAUGAAAAAGAAAUGUAUAUGGGGCCCAGAUCACUAUUAGUUACAGGAGAUGCCUCCAAUAAAAGCUCAUUAUUUACUGGAAAAACUAAUACAUCCCAUGGGUUUUUGGUAGUAACACCUUUUCAAUUAUCAGAUACUAAUGAAAUUAUUUUGGUUAAUAGAGGAUGGGUCCCUGCCAAAAAUAGAGAUCCUAAAACUAGGGAAAAGGGUCAAGUUAAGGAAGAAGUAAAUUUAAUUGGAAUUGUUAGAUUACAAGAAAAUAGACCUACAUUUUCAUUGAAAAACCAAGAAGGUUCCAAUAUUUUUUUUUAUAGAGAUAUAAAUGACAUGUCCAAAAUAGCUGGAACAUCAAAAAUAUUUCUUGAUGCAACAGAUGAUUAUAUUAUUGCAGAUGGUCCUUUGGGAGGACAAACAAGAAUAUCAUUGAGAAAUGAGCACAUGUCUUAUAUUUUAACAUGGUAUAGUUUAGCUGCUUUUACAGGUUUCAUGUGGUAUGCAAAGUUUCUGAAAUAAGAUAAGAGUAGGUAUCAAAUAUUUAUUCUAUCAUACUAUUUGUAUGUUAUUUAUAAGUUGAUAAAUUGUUUAAUUUUAUAGCAUAUUUUUUCUCAUUUG